AUUUAUAUCAAGAAUUUCAAUUUCUACCUUCUUCACUCUUACUUUAUCAUCAUGGCACAAGUGAUUGUUUAUAAUAUGCCAGAAGAAUUGAAAGAAUACGCUAAAAAACUAGUUGAAGUAGCUUUCGAUUUAUAUAGUGAGAAUAAAGAGAGAGAAAAUCAUAUUAAAUCAAUGUUCCGAGGACACACCGGUUACGAUUAUCGAUGUGAGAUCAAGCCAAUCUUACAUGGAACUACUGGUCUUAAUGACAAUCUUUCACAAUUUAAAUCAGAUCCUCAACAAUAUUGGAUUUGUCUUUGGCAUAAACAACAUAAUAUAGUCAUAGGAGAUCAGGCUCUCAGUAAAAUGCAAUUUUUCAAAUGAUUUUAUUUGUAAUUUUUUAAAUAAAAAAAAAUACAAUGAAUAAACUUUCGAAUUUUG